GACAGUGUCAUGUCUGUCACUGUCAAUGUCAAAUAAAAUGUCAACAUUGCAAGAUGUGCUCCUAGAAUUUUAUUUUAAGUUUUUACAACAAUUGUAAAUAAAAGUGUAGUUAAUAAUUAAUUUGAUGAUCAGCACAUACCCCACGCUUUAGUUUUAAACCAAUCAAAGUAGUGAAAAUAUAUUCAAUAUGUCUAAGAAAACGAUAACCUUCGUCACUGGCAAUGCCAAGAAACUGGAAGAGCUCCGGGCUAUACUGGGCAAUAACUUCCCUUUGGAGAUCGUUAGUCACAAGCUAGACUUGCCAGAACUUCAAGGAGAGAUAGACGAGGUGUCAAUCAAGAAGUGCCAAGAAGCUGCUCGUCGUUUGAAAAGGCCAGUGUUAGUUGAAGAUACGGCGCUAUGUUUUGAUGCUCUAAAGGGACUCCCGGGGCCUUAUAUUAAGUGGUUCUUGGAGAAACUACAGCCUGAAGGACUCACGAAGAUGCUGACGGGCUGGGAAGAUAAGUCAGCUAAAGCUGUGUGCACAUUUGCUUACUGUUCAGGAAACUGUGAAGAUUUAGAUGUGAAACUAUUCCAAGGCAUUACUCAAGGCACAAUCGUGGAACCAAGAGGUACUAGAGAUUUUGGCUGGGAUUGUGUGUUCCAACCUGAUGGCUAUGAUAAAACUUAUGCAGAACUACCAAAGUCUGAGAAAAAUAAAAUAUCUCAUAGGUACAAAGCUCUAGAGCAAUUCAAGGCUCAUUUUCAUGAAAAAUAGUCUUAUAGGUCAAUGUGUUACAACACCAAAUAGUAAAAUAAGCCAAGUUAAUAAUCAGAAAUAAAAAUCAUCAUUGCUUGUCUUCUUUGAAGACUAAAUAAAGUUCCUACUUAUGUUGUGGU